UCCUGGCCAGGGUGGGACAGGGCAACCAGAUAAGAGCAGGGCAGGACCUGAAAAGGUGGUUUGCGUGGGGCUGGAGCCUGCCACUGAGCCAGCAGCAUGGCGUGGUCCGUGGCCUGGACAAGUUUCAUGGUUCUGCUGAUGAUCCAAUGGGGCUCUGCUACAAAACUGGUCUGCUACUUCACCAACUGGGCUCAGUACAGACAAGAGGCGGCUCGCUUCCUGCCCAAGGAUGUGGACCCCAACCUUUGCACCCACCUCAUCUACGCCUUUGCCGGCAUGAACAAUCACCAACUCAACACCAUCGAGUGGAAUGAUGAGGUUCUCUACCAGGAGUUCAACGGCCUGAAGAGGACGAAUCCCAAGCUGAAGACUCUGUUAGCCAUCGGGGGCUGGAACUUCGGCACUCAGAAGUUCACUGAUAUGGUGGCCUCGGCCAACAAUCGUCAGAUCUUUGUCAACUCAGCCAUCAAGUUUCUGCGCAAAUAUGGCUUUGAUGGCCUUGACCUUGACUGGGAGUAUCCAGGAAGCCGGGGGAGCCCUGCCAUAGAUAAGGAGCAUUUCACAGCCCUGGUGCAGGACUUGGCCAGCGCUUUCCAGCAGGAAGCCCAGUCCUCAAAGAAGGAACGACUCCUCUUGAGUGCAGCUGUCCCAGCUGGGCGAGGCUCCGUGGAGGCUGGAUAUGAGGUGGACAAAAUUGCCCAGAGCCUGGAUUUCAUCAACCUUAUGGCCUAUGACUUUCAUGGCUCUUGGGAGAGAGUCACAGGACAUAACAGCCCUCUUUACAAGGGGCAGGGAGAGAGCGGUGCAGAGGCUGAACUCAACGUGGACGCUGCUGUGCAACUGUGGCUGCAGAAAGGGGCCCCUGCCAACAAACUGAUCCUUGGCAUGCCCACCUAUGGACGAUCCUUCACUCUGGCCUCCUCGUCAGACACCAGAGUGGGGGCCCCAGCCACAGGGUCUGGUACCCCUGGCCCCUUCACCAAGGAGGGAGGAAUUCUGGCUUACUAUGAGAUCUGCUCCUGGAAAGGAGCCACUGAGCACAGAAUCCAGGACCAGAAGGUGCCCUACCUCUUCCGGGACAACCAGUGGGUGGGCUUUGAUGAUGUGGAAAGCUUCAAAGCUAAGGUCAGUUACCUGAAGCAGAAGGGACUGGGCGGGGCCAUGGUCUGGACCCUGGACUUGGACGACUUCGCUGGCGUCUCCUGCAGCCAGGGCCGCUACCCGCUCAUCCAGACGCUGCGGCGGGAGCUGAGUCUUCCGUACGUACCUUCAGGACCCUCAGAGCCUGAAGUUCCAGCACCGGGUCAGCCCUCUGAACCUGAGCAUGGCCCCAGCCCUGGACAGGACACCUUUUGCCAGGGCAAAGCUGAUGGGCUCUACCCUAACCCCGGGCAACGGUCUAGCUACUACAGCUGUGCAGGGGGCCGGCUGUUCCAGCAGAGUUGCCCAACAGGCCUGGUGUUCAGCUCCUCCUGCAAAUGCUGUACUUGGAGUUGAGUCCCCAAGGCUCCUCCAGCCCCAGCCCCGAGGCGGGGCCUGGGUCGCUCCCCAGCAGGCCUCCCCCACUUUCCCUGGGGCUGCCAGUCUGGAUCUUCUCUGCAGUCUUUCCAUAUCCCGGCUUUCUGCUCUCUGCCUUGCCUUCCUUUUUUCUGGGUCUCCUGGGCUGCCUUUUUCAUUUGCAAAAUAAAUCUUUGUUUUGUACCACUCUGGCAGCUGUGAUGACUUAAGAGGUUCUCUAAGCUUGUACGUUUGGCUCCAAAAC